CCAUGAUCACCAUUCAUCAUCAUCAGCUAGCUGCUUUGAUUCCGACCGCUGUUUCCUAUCCUUUUUCAUUCCCACCCGCCCAUCCCUUCAAAAUUCGCUGCGUGUCCCUCUCUCUCCCUGCGCUCGUGCUCCGCCCAGGCCCCUUUCCUCCACCGCGGGCGCAAACCCUAACCCUACAGCCGCUCGCCCCGCGGCGCCUGCCAAUGGCGCGCCCCGUGUGAGUGUGUGUGAGAGGCAGAGACCUAGAGGCCGCUACCCGGGGAGGAGAGGGAGGGAGAGGGAGAGGCUGAUAGAUGUAUAAGCAGGGGGGAGCGGGGGUAGGGGCUGGUCUGGACCGGAAACGGAUCAGCGACGCGCUAGACAAGCACCUUGAGAAGGCGGUCGCAUCGCCGUCCACAUCGAGGGGGUCAGCGGGCGGCGGCGGUGUGCGCGACCACCACCGCCUCGUCGUGCCGUCCUCCGUGUCGUCCAUCCCCAAGGGCCGCUGCUCCGAAGGGGAGUCUGAUUCUGAUAGUGAAGCAUCAGAUGUUAGUGGCUCUGAUGGAGAAGACACCUCGUGGAUUUCAUGGUAUUGCAACUUAAGAGGGAAUGAGUUCUUCUGUGAAGUCGAUGAUGACUACAUUCAAGACGACUUCAACCUUUGUGGCCUCAGCAGCCAAGUUCCUUAUUAUGAUUAUGCUCUUGAUCUCAUUUUAGAUAUUGAAUCAUCUCAUGGUGAUAUGUUCACUGAGGAACAAAAUGAGCUCGUAGAAUCAGCUGCAGAGAUGCUUUAUGGGCUGAUCCAUGCACGAUACAUUCUGACCAGUAAAGGGCUGGCUGCAAUGCUGGAGAAGUAUAGGAACUAUGACUUCGGGCGGUGCCCGCGUGUUUACUGCUGUGGUCAACCAUGCCUGCCGGUUGGACAAUCAGAUAUUCAUCGAUCUAGUACCGUGAAAAUAUACUGCCCCAAGUGUGAAGACAUCUACUACCCACGGUCCAAGUACCAAGACAUCGAUGGCGCAUAUUUUGGGACAACGUUCCCUCACCUGUUCCUGAUGACAUACGAGCACCUCAAGCUACAGAAGCCCUUGCAGCGCUAUGUUCCUCGUGUCUUUGGCUUCAAGCUCCACAAGCCAUGAGCCUCAUGUAUUUGGCUUUUAAGCUCUACAGGAUGUGGCUCACUGGGGGAAAACCCAGAGUUUUGCGAGAUCAAGGUCCUUGAAGACUACAUAUAAGAGCGCCAUUGGCUACAUAUAAAAGCGCUAUUGACAGAUCAGUGGAUUGAUAAAACUCCACCAUGCAGCGGAGCGCUUUUACCUUACCUGGCUGGCACCUACCAACAUUUGAAUGUAGCUCUAAGGAUAACGAUGUUGUUGUAACCUAACUGUAAUUGUUUUUUUGAUUAGUAAACCAGGACCCCGUACGAUGUAGAGUAUGGGCAUUAUUUAUGGCUUAUGCAAAAAAAAUCGUUAUGCUGUCCCAGGCUCCCAGCAACCCUUUACCUGUUUUUUUAGAUCCUUUACCUGCUUGGUUCUCGUAAGAUGGCCUUUGAAUUUGAUAACAAAAUUCUAUAUUGAA